AUGACACUGCCUUGCAAAGAUAAGGAGCAGGAUAAGGGCAAAAGCAUGAGAGUCUUCAAUAUGAACUCAUCCCUUCCCAUCCUGUGCAUCCACUUCAGUUCCGCUGAGGGCCCGGAAGAAAACAGUGCCUAUGAGCAGUUGCUGUCUCACUUGGAAGAAAUCGCUGAGGAAGGCUCAGAAACUCAGGUCCCAGGACUGGACGUAUCUGCACUCCUGCCCUCUGACCUCAGCCGCUACUUCCGAUAUGAAGGGUCUCUGACUACACCGCCCUGUGCCCAGGGUGUCAUCUGGACUGUGUUUAACCAGACAGUGAUGCUGAGUGCUAAGCAGCUCCACACCCUCUCUGACGCCCUGUGGGGACCUGGUGACUCUCGGCUACAGCUGAACUUCCGAGCAACGCAGCCUUUGAAUGGGCGAGUGAUUGAGGCCUCCUUCCCUGCUGGAGUGGACAGCAGUCCUCGGGCUGCUGAGCCAGUCCAGCUGAAUUCCUGCCUGGCUGCUGGUGACAUCCUAGCCCUGGUUUUUGGCCUCCUUUUUGCUGUCACCAGCGUCGCCUUCCUUGUGCAGAUGAGAAGGCAACACAGAAGGGGAACCAAAGGGAGUGUGAGCUACCACCCAGCAGAGGUAGCCGAGACUGGAGCCUAGAGGCUGGAUCUUGGAGAAUGUGAGAAGCCAGCCAGAGGCAUCUGAGGGGGAGCUGGUAACUGUCCUGUCCUGCUCAUUAUGCCACUACUUCCUUUUAACUGCCAAGUAAUUUUUUAAAGUAAAUAUUUAUAAUAAAA